UUCGCCAUUGGUCGCCAUGAUCAUAUGGGACGCCGUCCAUGGACGUGUUGCGCGGUCUUUAGACAUAGCUAAAUUUAACUAGGUUAGGUUUGCCGUUAGGACGUCGCCGCGGGCACAUCUUCCGCACGGGUUACACGCGGCAGUCAUGGAUUUACCUGGGAGCGGGAUGUCUCGCGAUCACAUUAAAUGUCCCCGCACGCUACCGCAGUUUUCCGAACUAUGCUCGAUGCCUGCCGUUGCCGCCAUUGCCGCCAUCGCCGCAGCCGACGGCCGUAAUAUGCAGUCGCAGGGGAUGCAAACCACUGCCCAAGUAACGUUCCCGCAGGACCGUACGUCGACGAGUACGUUCAACAAGUUUUUUGCGACGCCUCUACACGGCUGGCAGGAUAUGAUUCAACUAUGUCAGAAGCAAGUCCUUGGUCAGACAAUUAACGUCCCGAAUUAUAGUCAAAAUAACGGGACACUCGGUGCACAAUCAAGCAAUUUUAGUUUUAUCAACAAUCUAUGCUUACCUUCCACGUCGCAGGCAGAUACUGUAAAGCAAGAGCCUGAUAUCCAGCCUAAAGAAGAGAAGAAUUUAGAUAAGGAAUCUGAUAUUUUGGUAAGGCAACAGCAAACAGCAGCCAUGAUCGAAUAUCUCCAGAAAUUAUCACCUGAUAUGCGGGAAGCAUUUGAACUGUGUGUGGAACAAGCGAAAAAGGAGAAGACACGGGAGGAGAAAGUAGAGCACACGCAGAAUAAUAUUCUAAACAUACCAAAUAUCAGGAAUAUCUAUUUACAAAAUGGCAACAAUUUCGCGAACUCGGAUCAGAUAACGGUGACCAUUAAUCCGAAUGAUCUGAAUUUGCAAAAUGAACAAGAGAUUGAAAAUAGUUUGCGACACGUCCUAAAAGUCGAGCAGCAAGUACAAACCGAUUUGCCGAAAAUCGAGAAAAAGUCGAAAUUUCGAGCGAAAAUGGGCGAGAUUAAGGUCAGCUUUAGCUACGAUGGCACUACGCUUUACUGUUGCCCGGAGUGCAAUUUAGGGCUUCCAGACAAGGCGGACAUCGAACAACAUAUACAGACCCACUUACAAGAACGAAAGUAUCAGUGUAAAGAAUGUGGUGCCAUGUUGAAAAGAAAGGAGCAUCUCGAUCAGCACAUGCGAGGUCAUUCGAAUGAGCGACCUUAUAAAUGUGACGUAUGCCAGAAGGCGUUCAAGAGAAAUGAACAUUUGACAAGACACACCGUCAUCCAUUCCGGCAACAAGGAUUUUCCGUGCAACUAUUGCCAGAAAGCGUUUUCGCGUAAAGAUCACUUGAACAAGCAUCUUCAAACGCAUCUUGGCAUUCGUAAGAAUAAAAUGAAGGAUGAUUCUUAUUAUGUCGAUCAAAAAGAUACAACAAGAGUAUUUGAUAACACCGAUUUCCCGGUGACGCCUAAGCAGGAGGUAAGUCAUGUUCUGAAGGACAGUUUGUUACUGAAGCAGGAAACUUUUCUGCAGCACAUGCAGAAUUGUUCAAAAAAUGCGUCUCUGUUUGCCUCCAUUAAGGAACAUGUGAUGAAAGAUGUAAAUACGUUUGAACAGGCACAGAGCAGUAAUACGAAUGAAAACGUAAGAUAUUUAAUGCCAUCUUAGCUGUAGAUAAAAUAUGUUCCAAAGCAGCAAUAUAUGGCAAGUGAUGGGGCCGCCUAGGUAAUUUCAAUUUUCGAAUUCGUAUUUUGUUAUUGGAACGACUAUGACUAUUUAUAGUUUAAUUUUAAUACGUCGAGACGUUUUAACAUCGGAUUAAAGGCAUAUGUAAAAAAUUGAAAAAAAUUGAAAAAAAUAUAUUGCGUAUCGCGAUAAAGAUAUCGUACAGAUAUCAUACAUACAUAUCUCCUCUUUUCUAAAGUAAUCGGGACCGAGCACAUUUUCUCUAUUCUACAAUUUCUCCUCAAUCCUCAUUUUUAUACUAAUAUCACGUAUACAGAUAUCAAGAUAUUCUUGCACGAUCAUAUUUUCGCUUGAUUUACGACUUAUAGCGUAAUAUGUUAUCUGAUCAUGUAAUACAAGUUGCGGGAAAGCAAUACAAGAGGAGAAACUCAGUUUAGAGGAAGCUAACAUAGAGUAGAGGAAAACUUAGAAUAGAGGAGUAUUGUACAUCAUACAUAGCAAUCUCGCAAACCUUUAAUGCGAUAAAACGUGGAAAUAAUUAUACUAAGCUAUGAGAUAAGCUGUGAUUACCUGAAUUUAUCAUCAUUGUCCUUAUAUUAUCUCUUAUCAUCCUUCCUCGUCAUCUCCUUUUCAUCGUAUCAUUUUUAUAUCUUUUGAAAAUUAAGUUUUACAGUUCUAAGCAAAUAUUAAUUACAAAUUAAUAUUUAAAAAUGUGAGAAGCAUUUAUUUGAUAAAAUUUUGUUUUAAGUUAUAAUUUUUUUCGUAAACAUUACUAAUGAGUCACAUUCAUGCGAGUACACGCAUAUUGCCGUUCUUAAAUAAAUUUCGAAAGAAAGAGAAAUCGUUAAUACAUUAAAAGAUUAUUGUUAAUAUAUUAAUUAUUUCUUUA